AUGCCUCCUUGUCAGCCCUAUCAAAGUGGCAGAGGUUUCAGGGGCCGUCGUGGGGCUGCUUAUCGACAGCAUGAUACUGAAGGAGAAGGCAGAGGCGGGGAGCAGGAAUGGGGGCGGGAGAGAAGGCCGCAUGAUGCACACCGACGUGACGUGAGUGCUGGUGGUCGCGGCGGUGAGGGAGGACGGGGAGGAAGAGGAAAGCAUCCAGCUCAUCUCAAAGGUCGGGACAUCGGUCUGUGGUACGCUGGGAAGUCAUCGUUUAAGAAAAAAGAAAGGGAUAGGGAAGAGAUGUCUGUAGUCCAGAUAGAUGCAAAAAAAGAAACAGCUCUUUGUCAGCUUUUGAAGGAGAUCGAGGAAUCCCAGGAAGCAUGUGUUGCAUUCAAAAUGGAUGCCCGAGCCAAACCUGUAGCAACUUAUCAGGGAGUGAAAGACGGAUCUUUGGCAGGCUUGGAAGACGAUGCUGGUCAGUUUGAGAGCGGAUACGGCCUGACCAGUCGUGGUUCGGCCAUGUCACUCUCUAGGGACAAUAGUGCAUCCAACAUGAGUGCACUCAAUCUUGCUGGUGGCACUAGCGAGGAGGCAGAUGACGUUGAUGAGGAUUUCUCAUUACCGGAGAUGGACGAGGACAUGGGUGAUUUAGCCGCAGAGCUGAAGGAAAUCAACAGAUCGAAUAAGAUUGGUGGCACUAGUCUUCCUACUAAGUUGAUGACACAGCUAUGCAGGAAUGAAACCCUUGAUGGGAAGCUACUAGUUGAAGCUGAGAGGAAACAAGCGGACAGCCACUGGCUAAAGAUGCAGGGGUUUCGGCGCAACUUACCGUCAUAUGCCAUGCAGCAGAAAAUUGUGGAAACCAUUAAACAGAACCAAGUUGUCGUGCUGAGUGGUGAAACGGGAUGUGGUAAAACCACUCAGGUGCCGCAGUUUAUUCUGGAUGACUACAUCAAGAGGGGUGAUGGGUCCCUGUGCAGAGUUGCUUGUACACAACCAAGACGCAUCAGCGCCAUCACGGUUGCAGAGCGCGUGGCAGAUGAGAGAGCUGAGCCAUGUGGAGGUUGCAGCACAGGGUACCAGAUCCGGCUGCAGAGUAGACUCCCGAGAGAGCAGGGUAGUAUCAUGUACUGCACCACAGGCAUCAUGUUACGCUGGCUCACCAGUGAUCGGGUGUUGUCGCGGGUCAGCCAUAUUGUACUGGACGAGGUGCAUGAGCGGGACUUGCAGUCCGACUUUCUCAUCAUCAUCGUCCGCGACAUUCUGCCACUGCGACCGGACCUCAAGCUCAUCCUCAUGAGCGCCACGCUCAACGCUGACCAGUUCUCAACUUACUUUGGUACCUGUCCCAUGCUGCACAUCCCCGGCUAUACGUUCCCGGUCACGGAGUACCUACUGGAGGACGUCGUUGAGAUGACUCGCUACUUUCCUGAGGGUAAGGCCCUGCAGCAGGAGAAGCGGGACUCGCGCAGGAAGCAGCGGCUGUUGUGCCAGGAGGAUGUCAUGAGACAGGAGGAGUACUCCUCUCAGUUUCCCGUCUACUUGCGCACUCUCCAAGGAAGGUAUUCGGUGCACACAGUAGAUGCGAUUAGAGUGAUGAAUACGGAGAUCGUUGACCACCAGCUCAUACUGGCUGUGAUGCGGCACAUCGUGACGGGGAUUCGUGAGGAGGGAGCCAUUCUUACGUUCUUGCCCGGCUGGUCGGACAUCAGUAAUGUGAACAAACUACUCAGCAGUGACACCAUGUUUAGGUCGAAAAGUUUUCUAGUCAUUCCUCUUCACUCCAUGAUGCCAACUGUCAGCCAAAAAGAAGUGUUCAAUCGACCACCUCCAGGUGUCAGGAAGAUCAUUCUCGCCACGAACAUCGCCGAAACAAGCAUAACAAUUGAUGACGUCGUCUUUGUGAUCGACUGCGGAAAAACCAAGAUGAAGAAAUUCGACGUUGAGAAUAACAUCACGACACUGAAGGCAGAGUGGGUCGCGCUAGCAAACGCUAAGCAGAGGAGUGGCAGAGCCGGCAGGGUUCAGGCUGGUUACUGCUUCCACCUGUACAACCGGCUGCAGCAGUCGUUGAUGGAUGCCUACCAGCUGCCGGAGAUUCUGCGCACUCCGUUAGAAGAGUUGUGUCUGCAGGUGAAGCUGCUGCGGCUUGGCCUCGUGCAGCCGUUUGUCAGCCGCGCGAUGGAGCCACCGUCGGAUGCCGUUCUCACCCUCGCCCUACGUAAUCUCACCACCCUCAAUGCGCUGGAUGAGAAUGAGGACUUGACGGCUCUUGGCUUCCACCUGGCGCGCAUGCCAACAGACCCUCACACGGGCAAGAUGAUCCUGUUUGCAGCGAUGUUCCGCUGUCUCGAUCCCGUGCUGACCAUAGCUGCGAGUCUCAGCUUCAAGGAUGCCUUCGUCAUACCGCUGUAUCAUCUUGCAGGUAAUACUCAGCUAGUGAAGGCAGUCAUCUGUGCUGGACUCUACCCAAAGGUUGCCAAGCUAGACAAACUGACAUCGAAAUCUCGUUUUGUCCUGCCAAGGCUGUCAACUAAGACCGAUGGCACGGUGAAGAUCCAUCCAAAGUCAGUCAACGCGGAAGAGAAGGAGUUUGAUUCACGCUGGAUUGUCUACCACCUUAAGAUGAAGACUGCCGCCGUCUACCUGUUCGACACGACCAACAUCGCUCCCUGCCCGCUGCUGUUCUUCGGCGGGAGGCUGAGCAUCCGCAGUGAGGAGCGCGGCGAGAUGAUCGUCAUCGACGACUACAUUGAGCUGCACGUGCCAACGUGCACUGCCUACGUCAUCAAGGGACUUCGGCGCGAGCUGGAUAACAUCCUGGAAUACAGGAUAACUCAUCCCGGGAUUACCGACUGGACGUCUACGACAACAGAGGGUGCAGUGCUGAGAGCGAUCGUCGAUCUACUCACAACCGAGGUUGCCACUAUAGUGAAAGAUAUCCAAGGGAAAACACUGCCAGUGAUUGGAUGAAGGCUAUUAGCUAUUAGGCAAUUACUAUUAGCAGAAUUUCACAUGGAGAGCAGGAGAAAUUCAAUUAUGAAAGUUAUAUUUAUAUUUUAUGUAAUUAUGAACGCACAGCUAGCGAAGUAAUUAACAAUCGCAGAUCAGGGAAUGAUCGAUGUGUAGAUUCUCGCUUCAUAUUAUAUGUGUAUUGUGCAAUCAAUCGUUAUUUAUGCUGUACAGGAUACAAUCCACGCGGUGGCCUCGUGUAUGUGUUGCCAUAGUGACCAGGCUGUAUAAUUUAUGUUAGUAGUUGUAGUUUGUUUAUGUUAUAGUUCUAGCUGUUUAGACUGUAAAGGCUGCAUCAGUACGUAAA